AUGCGCAUCUCGCCCUUUCAGGCUCUUUUGAUUGUCACUUCGGUGCUGGCCGCCACCACGCACGAGAUGGCAACGGCCAUGCCACUGAGGUACAUGGUAGAAACGGUCUCUGGGGUUUCGGGCGUCAUUGGGACUGACAACGGUGGUCGUGGAAAGUCGCUGCUAACGCGACCCCGUGCGCUCUGUCAAGGCCGCAACGAGGACGAGAUACUGAUUGGUGUGAAGGGCUUUUUUCGCACCUACUCCCGAAGCACGCAGAUGACGGGUACACUCCUUGGCAACGGCACAGCCACAGACGUGGACGACUCAUGGGCAAAUGCACGCGUUGACAAACCGGCAGGGUGUGUGCGUACCCUGCGGAAUAACAUGAUGUUUGUGUACUUUGUGGAGAGUCAAAAUAGGCUGCGUUACAUCACCAACAACAGUGUCCUCAGCAUUCAAUUAGAAAAUGGUCUCUCCUUCACCGAUGUUACACUCUAUGGCGAUAGGCUGUACAUGACGGAGCAAAACAUGGACAAGGUGUGGAGCUGCGAGAUUGGGGUGGAUGGAACUCCCACGAAGUGCGAAGGGCAGCAUGGAUUUAAGUGUGAGUAUACAAAGUACAACGGCAUUGCUGUAAACGCGCUAGGCGUCUUCGUCGUCGGUAGCUCAUCCCAAAUGGGUAUCUGCCACUUUGACAGCAGUGGCACCAAAAUUUCCCAUCUUCCCGGGAGCUACAUCGAUGUCUUCAGUGCGCCUUCAGGUGCGUUGUACGCCAUGUCGUCAUACCAGCUCUACCACCUCCAUGUCGAAGCCUCCAGCAUGACGGUGGUUUUAUUUGCUGGUAACAGCAGCCUUACGUGCCCCCCUGUGGUUGACGGCUACACCUUCAGAAUGUGUUUGAAUUGGCGCCUCUUUGUGCUUGCCGAGAAUGAAAUGUACCUGUCAAGUCAUCUGAACACAGUGCGCGCUGUGACGCUGCCGCCUGCGAUUGUUCCGGCGCAGCUGCAGCCCCCACCUUUGCCGCUGGGUUACCCGGAUGCACCGAAAGUCAUACCAGAGAUCGUCGCACUCAUGAAAGAGGCACUCAACAAAAAAUUGGGCACAAACAGCACCUACGCACCUCAAAACAGCAUGCAUGUGAACGAUUCCACGUGGGUCACAGACUUUGUCGUACUGGUGCAACAAGCGGAUUUUGUGAACGUCACUACGCCUGGGGAAGUGGCGACCACGGACUUUGCGGCGGUGCAGCGCGCGGUGGAGGCGUACUACGACAGGAUAGACGAGGCGCUGUACAUGGACACGAGCAUAUUUCCUUUUUGCAACGCCACCAUGAUGAAUGACGUGAUGCAUGGGCUGGUUUCCGUGGUGCGGAAAGUCCUGGAGUUUCCGCUGAUUUACGCCAACCCACCGAUGAGGGUCACGAUCAACAAUAUCACAAACAUCACCAGGAUGAAGCUACUUAUGCCGGAGCGGUUCAACAACAACACCAGCCAUGUAAUUUUGGCGGAAUUGAACGCGAAUACGGCUCUUCGGGACAUUCUCCGCGUGGAGUACGGUGCCGCGAAUGUGGUGCAGCUCGUGUUCCCCUUCCCUCAAUUUGACUUCUCGAAACUGACGCCGGUGCAGGACAUGGAGGUGCGGUGGUUCAUUCAAAACAUGGUAAAUGCACAACUGGAAAUGUGCAAAUCGUUCAUGGGCGGUGGGGGUAUUGCCGCUGGUGGGGACAGGAAUAGCACCUGUGAAGCUGUCAUCACCAAUCGCACCGAGACUCUGGUCACGCGUCCUCCCUUCAACGUGCAGAACGAGUACGAGGUGUUCGUGCCGCAGAAGUACAACUUCAAUGUGUCACGGUGCCUGCAGGGCACCGACUGGGCUCCGCUGGAGUAUCUGCUGAAGAACUAUACGGCGGCAAACACGACGCCAUACAAGCCGGCGUGCAACCGCGGCUGCAUCAUUGGCGUGGCAGUUGCAGCGGCGGUGGUGCUGACAGCGCUCAUUGCGAUUGUGGUGGUUCUCACCUCAAAGCGGAAGCGGUUGGCAGCCGUGGUGGCGCCCGUGCGGCCGAUGUUUAAGAGCACACUGGACGACGAGGAGGAGCUGGAGAUCAGCAACCCGCUAGAUGCCAACAAUGAGGAGCAUGUGUUGGAUCGAUACUAA